AUGAGCAAUUUAUUAGAAACUUUAAGACUAACUCCAAGAAAUACUUCUAGACCAAAAGAAAAAGCCAAUUCUUCCUUUUCUUUUACAUCAUAUCAGCCUAUCCCUCAUAGACGCUCUAUAAGCAAUUCAUUGGGCCUUUCCCAAAUCCGCACAAAUCUAAAAAAAUUGCAAGACACUCCAAAAAUUUCUUUAUUACCAGAAAUUUCUCCCAGGCACAAAGAAGCCAUAUCAAUAGCUUUUAAAAAAACCUUGAAAAUCACUGUCGACAUGCCAAAAGUUGAGCUCCAAUCUGUAGUAUCAAGCAAUGAUAACAAUCAAUCAACCCCAAAUAAAACAGCAACAAGUCCUACAGAUAAAUGUGUUCAAACUCGUGAUAGCCCAUCUCCUAGAUCAGCUCUAAAAGGCCUUGAAUUUAAAUUAAAAAGUCCUUAUAAGCUUCAAUCUAAUAGACGGCCACUCACUCCAUGACUUGCAAGAAUGAGAACAAAGCUUUUAUUAAACAGAUUUGGACCGCUUCCAAUAUCAAAAAAUUGAUCUAACAACUAUACUGUAAGUUAUCAGCCAAUUAUGCUGUCCAAAAGACAAGUAAAUUUGGUAUCUCCAAAUAAUCAACAUUGCUGGGUCAUGCAGCUUGCAAAUGAUUUGACAACGUUUUUAGAGUUUAUUGAAAAUGCUUAUAAACCUGUUUACGAUGAAAUUGAUUUAGCUCAAAAAGGGUUCAUUAACUUAGACGAUUUGGUGAAUUUUGUGAUAUUGAAAACAUUUGUGAAUAAUCAGAAUAUUGAGGAUGCUAAUUAUGAAAAUAUUAAGGAUAAGGCAAAAGAAAUACUUGGAGUGCUGGGGAUUGUUACAAAAAAAACUAAAAUUUUUCGAAAAGAUGUUAUGGCUUUAUGUAGUGUUUUUGAAUAUUUUAAUGAAAACCGAGUAGAGCUUGAUUUAUUUAGUUCUUCUGUUUUGCGUGAAUUAAGUGACUAUUUAGAGAAGCUAAAAGAAAUCUUUAAGUGUUAUUCACAUAAUAAUGUCAUAACACAAAAAGAUUUAGGUCAGAUUUUAGAUAUUUUCAAAAAGAAAAACGAGUUCAAAAUAUUGGAAUCUUUAAUUGGUCUUGAACCAAUUGAUUUUUCUAAAUUUUUAAGGUUUAUUCCUUUCUUUAAUCAACUCCAUAUCAAAACUUUAUCCCAAUUUGAGAAUUAG